AUGUCGACCACCACCCCUGCGCCCACCAAGCAGACGCCACUGCAGCGCGCCCGCGCUGCUGGAGCGAACCAUGCUGCCCGCGCAACCGCCCAUCUCAACGUCGCAAAGAGCCACAUUGACAAUAUCAAGAGUCACCCGCAGACGCAGCGUGCGGUCGUGGCGGCCAACGAGCAGGUCGAGAGACUUCGCGCUGUGCUUGGACGGAGCGAGAGUGUCGUGGCGGCUGAGAAGGCUACGGGGAUCGAGCGUGUGCGGCUUGUCGUUGGCGCGGUUGUUGCCUUUGUCCUCCUCGUCCCACUCAACCUCUUUGACAUGGCCGCUUCCACCACCAGAGCCCUCACCCUCAUCUUCCCAGCGUACAAGGCCAUAGUCGCUCUGGAGCGUGCCAGUAACACGGACAAUCUUCUCGCCUACUUUAUUAUCUUAGGUUACUUCCAGGUGCUUGAGAGUCUGCUUCUGCCUAUUCUCGUGUCGCAGAUUCCCCGCUACUAUACCGUCAAGGUCGCGUUCAUGUUCUAUCUCGCGCACCCACGUCUCAAUGGCGCGACCAAGAUCUACAACCUCCUCUUUAGCCGCAAGCUCGUCACGCCGCCCCUGUCGCCCAGGGCGACCAGCCCGAACGGCGCCGACCCGCUCACCCCCAUGUCGCCUACGCGUGCCGCUGGCGUGCCCAUCCCUCUGAGCCCCACCUCUCCCUCUCAGCGGGAGGACGUGUUCACCUCCCCUCUCCCUGGGUUCACGCGCAUCCCCCGCUCCGUCGAUGGGCGCCAGUAG